CCUCACCAGGAAAGCUACCUGUCCCUAGCCAACUCCCUCAUCUCCUCCCAGUCAGAUCCCCAGAACCAGAGCAGGCUCAUGGAGGCCUUCUCUCUCCUCACUCCUCCCUCUCUCCCUCUGGACUCCAAGAGAACUUCCAAAAUCACUUUCAGAAAGAACCUCGAGCAGUUUCUACCGUUUGUGAAAGCAACUAUCUGGCGUCAUAUACCAUUCUGUAGGAUGUAUGCUUUUUAUUUCAUAGUGAGACUUGUAAUCAUGUGAGGGAGAACAUAUGUACUUGCAGUUUGGUGGGAAAGUUUGUGGCACAAAACUUUUGCAGAUUAAUUUUUGUAGGUUUACACCCACAAAAUGUCGCAGACAAAGAACAAAGAUUUCCUCCCCUACAUGUUUUCUAUG